AGUCGCCAAAAAAUAUGAAGCUUUACUUCAGGUUCCAUAUUCGAAAUAAUUGUGUCUAAAGAUUGAAAGAAUAAUUCAAAAGAGAAUUUGUUCGCAUUUUCGGGUGGGAAGUAGACAGAGCAGUAAAUAUGUUCUUCUCCCAAUAUUGAGACUUUGGCCCAUACAUGCUCAAAUUCUUUAUAUUUAGGAGUAAUAAUUUCUUCAGAAGUAAAGCAAGAGUUAAUGGCUAUAAGGACUCCACCUCCAGAUUUUUUCUGACAGAGAGAUAAAUUUCGGUCGUGCCGGAAUACGUUGAAAUUAUUUCCAAAUACUUCUUCGCUUCUUACACUUUCAUCCCAGCUGCUUUCAGUUCCAAGGAUUACGUCGAAAGAGGAGGUUAUUAAAUUUUGGUGAAUUUCUUUCAUUUUGGCCGGGCUUUUCAUGCGGUUGAAAUUUUGGCAAUAGACCAAAAUUUCAGUCACAUUUUGUCUGUGAAGCGAAGAAGUUUUUGAGAAUUCUGGAAUACUUACAUUACUAAUUCCUGUUUCUAUUCCUUCGUCAAAGGGCGUCGUUAUUUCCGAAAAUUCGGCCUUGUAAAAUUGUGUUCGGCUUCCCGGAUUAGUUGGAUAUAUUUAUUUAUGGUUGGUCACCUUCAACGCCAUCUAUCGUGUCAACACCGAAAGUACGUUGUUUGAGUUCGUAUCGGAGCAGAAGAAUGCUUUGGCUGCAUCGAUCGCUAGCGUUCCCGUGGAGGAAGCAUCCGAGCAGAUUGAGCUAGCGCUAAGCUUCAUGAAGUACUACAUGGAACAGGAGGAUGAUGGGUUGCUAGAUGAACCGACAUCCAACCACCGGUUGGUUAUCGACACUCGUAAGUCGGUGUUCGAGAUUCUUCUAGAUCUGCACUCGUCAAUGCGGGCGACCUGUGUAGGUUUUAGCCUUUAUUUCACCGGCGGGGAUCAGUCGAAGGAUGCGUUCGUGCGUAAGUUGCUGGAGUUUCCGAAUUUUGAAAAUGGGGCACAGGAACUUACCAUUCCGAAACUGAAUUUAGACGUUCCUUUCUGUACAAUGAUGGUGUUUGAUUCUGGCGAUUUGGAGUCGGCCACGGAUUUACUGGCCAAAGCUUGGAGUCGGUACUCGCUUCCUUGGGUUAUUCGAAGCGUUCUGCUACAGGAAACUGUGCAGGAGAAAUUCAUUUCGCUACUGGAAAGUAAGCUCAAACCGUUUGUGGACAAUGUGCCAUUUGAAAAGGAACUGCGUGCAGCUGUUAGCAAAGCAUCCAAAACUGGAUUGAGAUUGAUCCAAAGUUCAGCUGAUUCGAAGGAUCUCAAACCUACUGUCGUGUACGGUUCGAAUGUGGAUUUCUUUGUAGAGAAAGACAACUUUUAUGCAAGUCCGUUGGUCGUGUUGAACGUCUUCAGAACUGUCAAGGAAGCGGUAAGCCUAGCCAACAAGGACAACGGCGGAUCAGUUUCACUGUGGACUGAGGAGCUUUCGCUUGCCUUCGAAGCUGCCUACGCUGUUUCCGCACAGAGCGUUUGGGUUAACAGCCAUGGUACAUUCAAUCCGGCAUUCCCUUAUACAUUCCGUCGGAACGAUUAUUGCUAUGGGUCCAAGUAUGCAGUUUGCGAGAAGAAAGUAAAAACGGUGUUCGUUCCAACAGCAGAAAAACCUACAAAUUCGGUCGAGAAAAACAUAGCUGCCAUCAGUGCCUUGGGAAUUGUGCCCUGCGAAGUAAGCGAACAGCGCUUCUCAUAUGUCAGGAACGAGAAAAACGUUCACUACGAGAUGGUCAGUUCACCGUACAAAAUCGAAAAUUAUAACACUGAACACCGUCUGCAAAUUGUCGACCACUUCUGGGAUAAGUUUUUAACAAUUGACAUGGUGGAUCGGAACCUGGUGCUGGACACGGUUCACAAUCAGCGGAAAACUGUUGUCAUUCCAUAUGGUGUUAGCUUCGCCAAUUAAUGUUCUUUUUUUAUUUGAAAUGUUACAUGUUGAAAUAUAGUUGAUUAAAAUGCAUCAAAUUGAAAUGACGCUUUGA